AGUCCACGCGAGGGCCGCGUGCGCGUGCGUGCCUGAGCGCAGAGCCCCGAGAAGGACCGGAGCGCCUGGAAGGGGCCGCAGAGGACGCGGGGGAGGAGUCGGAGCGCGGGUCCGAGGCCAGCCAUCUCACUUUACAGGGUUUCCUUACAAGCCACGUAGGGUCCUCCUAGUCUCGAGAUGAGCCUCAUACUCAGGAACCUCCAGAGCGUCAUCCCCAUUCGGAGGGUCCCCCUUCGGGCCAGGAUCGAGCUCCUCCGGCACAUCCUUGGCAUCCGGCGGUUCGACCUGGGUGUGAUAUGUGUGGACAACAAAGGCAUUCAGCGCCUUAACAGAACCUACAGGCAAAACCAUGGCCCCACUGAUGUGCUUUCAUUUCCUUUUCAUGAGAACCUGAGGGCAGGGGCAGUGCCACAGCCAGAGUGCCCAGAUGACUUCAACUUGGGAGACAUCUUCCUGGGAGUCGAGUACAUCUUCCGCCAGUGCCAAGAGAAUGGGGAAGACUACUAUGAUGUGCUGACGGUGACAGCAGCUCAUGGACUUUGCCAUUUGCUCGGGUACAAGCACAGCACAGCACCAGAAUGGCAAGAGAUGUACCACAAAGAAAAGCUCAUUCUUGAAGCACUGAACAAGGUUGCUGGGACCAGCCUCCAACCACUGACCAAGAACCUCUUCGGAUAAUCCCCUUCACAGAUUGGUAGUAGUUGCCCCCACCCAGAAGAAACCAGCCUAGCGUGGAGCUCAGGCCAUGAUGGCCAGAGAGAGCCCUCCAGGAUGCAAAGGGACCAGAAGGGAAGGGAGAGUCGGCAGACCUGGACAAGGAAGGAAAUUAGAGAAGUGGAGGGAAGCAAGGGGGAGUGGGUACCCCACGAAGAGUUGUGGCCUGGUGGAGAGAGAGGCCUCAGCUUGAGGAGCCCCACUAGCUAGGGCUGGCCAUCUGGCCAUACCAGCUGGGUGCCCUGAGGCAGUCCCGGUUCAGAUGCCCACAUGGGUGGCUACCCAUUCUGCCUUCAGUGGCCCCCAAGGGUUUGGGGGCAGAGGGUGGGCCCUUGCUCUCCUGGGGGGCAUGGUUCCUGUUGCAUGCCCUGUUGUGCCUUACCCAGGAUGGGCAGAGCUCCUGAGGGCACAGGGCAGCCUCUCCACAAUGUGUCAUCCACUCUUAUAAAGUAAGUCAAGAGGGUGAGGGUGUAAGAAAGCUGUGUUUAGGUGGCCUAAACAGGAAAAUGAGAAUGGGGCACCUCUGAUGGGUGGGCUCCAUACUGUUCCCCUCCAUACAGAGCCUCCAGCAGCCAAACUUCUGGCAGGCUCCCGGGUCUUCUGGUGUGGCUGACCACGGCCCAAUAUGAUGGACUUUGAGGGUUAUGUGGCCCACUUCUUGUUCUGCAUGUGAGAAACUGAGGCCCACCUGUACAGGGAAAGGGCCUUGCUGGAGGUCACAGAGGUGUAAAUAGUCCAGACAGAACCAGCCUCAGGGUCACCAUGGCUGCCCCGGGGGCAGAGGAUCCAGAAGCAAGAUAACAUCAGGGAUUUCUUUCAGAAAGUAAAUCCCAGGGUCUUGUGGGACCCUGGGGCAUUUGUAAACAGUUACAUUCCUUUCAUCUGCCAGAGUAACCAAGCCAGGGAAGAGAAAGCGCUGGCACAGUGAUAGGAUGAAGCCUUUGCUGAGCAAGCAGCCUCUAGCUCGUGAACCUGCCUUUAUUUCAUAACCGGCCCCAGUAUCCCAACCAUCCAGACGCUUACGAGGGGCAGUGAGACUCCAACAGUAAUGGAACUGUUGGUGUCAAACCAUAUGAAACCAUUUGGGGAAGGGGUAAUAUGGCAUUAAAGGUUCUCACACAUUUCUUAAAAUCCAUCCAAUUCGAGUCUCUUUUUGAGGAAAUCAGAGGUCUCCCAAGUCUCUCAGAGUUAACAAGUGGAACUUAUAGACCUCAUCUUCAUCCUUGGUGGCCUUAAUUAGCUUUUCUAAAUGUUUCAGUUUUUUCGACAGAGAGGGGUCAGCCUUGUCUGCAGAGGGCAUGUCUUCCAUUCUUGUAGCCUGUUGAGGGGGGAGGAGAAACCAGUGAGCGAGAGAGGGAGAGCAGAGACCCAGGAAGGGCCUCGGCGUGCCAGUCUGGUGCUGGGGGCAGGGCAGCCAGUCCCCAGCACUGGGAGCUGAGGAUAGGCAAGGGCUGAGGGGAAGCAGCCCGUGAGGCAAGUGCCCUUGCCCUGGGCCUCCUAGGGAGGAUGGGAUAGUCCUGUUCCUUUGCUCCCCAGCUUUGCUAACACACAGUAGAACCCGUACUGUGCUUCCCAUGGUCAAAUGCUUCCUCCGAGUUUUUACAGAGGAGACUGACUACCUUCAGAUCUUCAUAGCCUUCGGGGUGGGCUAAUGAGCAAUGCCAGUGUUAGGAGAGCAGUCUCCCAUGUUUGAACCCUCUCUGUUUGCCAGAAGGAAGCAUACCAGUUCUACCAGACAACACUUAGCACUUACAGGUGCCAGGCACUGGGCUAAGCACUCUAUAAACCCACUCCUCCUACAGCCAUUAAAACAAUAUGCCCUGGGUGGGCCCUCAAGGUCCAGGACAGAACAGAGUGCUUCCAGUGGAAGAAGGGGGGGAGGGAGCAUGUCCAGUGCUGAUGACCCUGGCCCAGAACUCAUGCAGUGAAGCAGACCCAGAAGGUGCCAGCUGGGGGCUCUGCCCUUCACAUCAUUCUGUGAACAGGACAUGCUGGUGUCCUGUUGAGGCAGUCUUGGUGCUGAAGGUUCACAGGACCUGCAGACCCUGCCCACUUAGAGCGCUCUGUGGUGGAAGAGGCCGCAUCCCUACCUGCAUCCCGGCCAAUGUCGAGAAGCGGAUCACUGACUGGAUGGACUGAGACACAGGACUGAGCAGGGGAGGAGGAAAGGAAGCAUCCAAACAGUGGGAGUCUUCGCUCAACCAGCAGCACAGCUGCUCCUCAAACCUGCAAGCAAGAGCUGGCUGAAGGGGAAUCACAGAGGCUCCCACAGGUCACUGUGUUUCCCCUCCACCUUCUCUCCCCUGUGGGACCAGGGAGUUUGGAGGGCCAAGCCCUUGGAGCAAGCACUAGCUAGCUCAAGGCUGGGCCAGAACAGACUUUGGCCACUAGAUGAGGAAUUGUUUGGCUCCUCAUCUGUCAUCAGCCACCUGACGAGCAGACAAGCUCUAUGUGGGGGCUUGCCAGAAUAAACUCUGGGGAGGAGACGAGACCUAACCUGGUCCCUGAGAACCCCUUCCUCGGGGUUCCGAGACCUCUGCAGCUGCCCCCAUUCCCUGCUCCUCCCUCUAGCGGGUGACAGUGGCUCCCCAACCACCCACCUCUUCUGCCCAGGCCAUCCCCCAGGCCUGGAAUGUUCCUCCUCACAUCUACCUUCCUCCAAAGUCAGCUCAAGCACCCCCUCCCAGAUUCCUGGAUCUGCCUACAGGUGGCAUCCUCCCGGGGAAGGCAAACUGUUUCUGUCUGCAUCCACAGCCCCAGCACUGUGCCUGUUACGCAGCAAGAGCUAAAUCAGUGUAUACUGCUACAGCUAUCUUCACCCCCAUUGGCCCGCUUCAAGGACUUUCAGGGUCCAGUCCUGGUCUGGCUCAUGUGCCAAGGACUCACUUUUUGCUUUCUUCCUUCUCCAUCUGGAUGCUGGUCAGCAGAUGCUCCGGGAGGCCUUUCUGCAUACAGGAUGUAUUAUUCCAGUUGUUGGUCCUGCUGACUGACUCUUCCUCUAUGCUGGGCAGAGGGAGCGGCACCUGCAAAGUGUUCCUCCUCCAAGAUGGAGGACAUUCUUGGACUGACCUGGAAACCAGAACCAAACCAUUUUUAGCCAGAAGCCAUGAUGGUGAAAGCAGUUUUCACAAAUACUUUUUUCAGUAUCUGUUAAUGAUGUAAAGAUAAGCCAUGUUUGGAGUGAUUAAUUCUGAAAGUGCAGGAAAAGCAUCCUAACAAGGAGAGAUGUUCCAGCUGUCUCCAGAGGCGUUGGGUUCCCCCUCUUUAGAGGUCUUAUGCAGAUGCUAGACAGCCACUUGUUGGGUUGGUUAUACUAUGGACCAGCUGGAAAAUCCUUUUCAACUCAAAAUCUGUAAUCCUGAGAAAUACAGGAAUGUAAAGAAAGUUAGGUUCCUUGGGAAUCAGUUGAUCAAUACUUUCUCCAACUAUUGGCUAGAGAAAGAAAAAUAAGGGAGAAAUUGGAGUCUUCACCAAACACUAUGACCCCCAAGGAGGGUUCUGGAAACCAUCUCCAUGGGUAAUACCAUCUGCUUUAUGAGGGAUGACACACCACCAUCGAUAUAUUAGGAUAACUUUGCUUUCUCACACAAACUUCAAGAAACAUAAGCGGCCUCACCGUUCAAGAUUCUGCCUUUGAGUUCGAAGUCUGGCUUGUUUCCACGACAUCGGGCAAACAAAUUUAUUUAGAUGAUUUUUAUAAAAAUAUACAUUAAUCUGACCAUCACUGCUAAUGGCUCCUGCAGAAACACAAUCGACACAACCAGGCAGGAAGGCUCAGCACCAGCAUUCCAUUUUAGGGGAUCAGUAAAUCACAGGGUGCUUAGCAGCUGCUGAGAGCUGGAGCAAAGCCAUUCACCUCAUUUAGGAUUUAAAAAAAAAAAUUUAACAAAAAUCUAACCGUUCUCCCUCCCACUUCAAAUCCCCCUUCCCCAAAAUUGAGAGCAAAAGAAAAAAAAAACAGUCAAGCAAAACCAAAUUCUACAUUGGCCGUGUCCAAAAGAAAAACUAAUAUGCACGCAUACGUGAUACUUGAGUAGCCAGCUAUUGCUAGAAAAACCCUGCCCCCAGCCACUAACUGCAAACCCCAGUCCUGCCAUUUGGCAGGUAAUUGAGAGUGUCUUGCGCCCCUAAGACAUUUCCAAGGAAUGUAAGCUAAUUACCAGGAAAGCCUAACGAUCUUCCUUUAACUAACUGAG